AUGGCCCAGGUACCAAAUCAAGUCAAUGUGAACCUCAAUGGAGAAGGAGAGGAAGUUAAACAACCUCCUGCCGCAGCAAGAUCCAUGUCUGACUACAUUGCUCCUGAUGUUGAGGAGCAUGAUAGCAUUAAUAUUCCAGGUGUGGAGGUCAACAACUUUGAAAUCAAGCUGACCAUCUUACACAUGAUCACUACUGAUCAGUUUGGAGGGUCACCCACGGAGGAUCCCAAUUCUCAUAUCACAACGUUCCUCCGUAUAUGUGGCACUUUCAAAAUCAAUGGUGUCCCUCAAGAAGCCAUCAAGCUUACACUUUUUCCCCUCUCACUAAGUGAUAAGGCUCAUGGUUUGCUUGAAAAAUCAAGGAUUUUAGUUGAUGCUUCUUCGGGUGAUUCAUUCACAGUUUUGGAACCAAACCAAGCUGAAGAACUUUUGGAGAAGAUUGCUAUGAAUGGAUCAACAUGGUACUCAGAGAGAUCUUCUUAA